UGAGCCGAACGCAGAUGAUGUGCGCACUUGGAAUCCUCGGAUAACGAGAUAACGGCGUCUCCCCUCACCGAUCGGAAUGGCGCCGAUGGCCGCCGUCAGCAACGUCGCCAGGUGCGGCGGCCUCCUCCUCCUCUCCACCUGCCGCCGCCGCCAGCUUCGGCCGCCGCCGCUGGCCCUCCCCACGGCGGCGCCGGCGGCCGUCAAGGGCGGCGCUCUCUUCGCGUCGAGAGGCGGCGGGGGAGCCGCGCUGCGGUUCUGCCGGGCUUCUUCGAGCGCGAGCGCGAAUGACGUGGAGGCCGCCGCCGCCGCGAGCUCCUCGGAUCCAGCGGCGGCGGAGGCGAAGGGAGCGGAGCCGGAGCCGGAGUCGGACGAGGAGAGGAUGAGGAAGAUAGGGGAGGCGGCGGGCGCGCUGGACAUAAGGGUGGGGCAGGUGCUCAAGGCGUGGAGGCACGAGGAGGCGGACACGCUGUACGUGGAAGAGGUGGACGUCGGCGAGGCCGAACCGAGAAUCAUCUGCAGCGGCCUCGUCAAGUACGUCCCUCUCCAGGAGCUUCAGGGCAGAAAUGUAGUUGUACUAGCAAAUCUGAAGCCAAGGAAUAUGCGUGGAGUUAAAUCAAACGGAAUGCUUCUGGCUGCUUCUGAUGCAUCUCAUGAAAAUAUCGAGCUUCUUUUGCCUCCUGAGGGCUCGAUCCCUGGUGAGAGAAUAUGGUUUGGCUCAGAAGAAGAGAGAGAAAAUCAACCUCCUCCUGUGACACCUAAUCAGGUUCAAAAGAAAAAGAUUUGGGAGUCAGUCCAGCCCCAUCUUAAGACCGAUGCUUCCUGUAAUGCUGUGCUCAGAGAUCGCUUUAUGCGGACAUCUCUAGGUGUGGUAGUAUGCAAAUCUCUAAAGAAUGCCAAUGUAUCUUGAUCGUGUGUGGCAAUGUGCUUCUCAUUCUUGAAUAAUGGGCGGUAGCAUCCUCUCAGCUAAUAUCAUUACACUGUAAAGUGCUAGAGGGCUAAAGGUGAUAUUUUUCUUCAGUUCUUUCAUGAACACAUGUUACAGGCAGAGACCUGCCAUUUUUCGAUGAGAAUGAUUUUGAAUGGAGAUGCAAACAUAAUGCUGGUGA